AUGUCUUACACAAUUUGGGACCAUUUGGUUAUAUUAUAUCUCUACACCGAAGGGUUUGGAGGAUCUGAAGCUAUUAUUACUGCCCUUAGUGAUGAAUUUCCUUUAAUUGGAAAUAAUCGUGAGAUAUUCGUUGCUUGCCUUUUCACCCUUUAUUUUGUCGUUGGCCUUGCUUCAUGUUCGCAGGGUGGUUUUUAUUUCUUUCAUCUUUUGGAUCGCUACGCUGCUGGAUAUUCAAUGUUAUUUGCUGUAUUAGCUGAAGCGAUAGCCGUUAGCUGGAUAUACGGUACUGAAAGAUUCUGUGCCGACAUCAAAGACAUGAUUGGAUUCACACCUGGAGUCUAUUGGAGAGUGUGCUGGAAAUUCGUUGCCCCACUUUUUAUAAUUUUUAUUAUUGUUUAUGGUUUAAUGGGAUACGAACCAUUGACCUAUGAGGGCUAUAUUUAUCCGACGUGGGCUAAUAUUUUGGGCUGGUGUAUUGCUUCCUCUUCAGUUGCCAUGAUACCCGGUCUCGCUAUCUAUAAGAUUAUUGUAACACCUGGAACCAUCUGUCAGAGAUUGAAGAUCCUCACAACUCCAUGGAGAGAUACCCAGAAAAAAACGUCACUUUCAACCAUUGCUAAUGGUGCAGUAAGACGCAGUUUUCUAAAUGUUGAAGAUUUUGAUGAUGACAAAAUCCAGGAAGAGAUGAGAAAAGAACAAUUAGAAAUUAUGAUUUCACCUUCUGAAAACAUCAAUGAAGAUCCACCGCCUGAGCACGUCUAGGAUUUUACAGUCGUUGUUCUGCGUGGAACUCGCUUUCACAUUUAUCUGUGUUAAAAUAAUUAUUUUACUAGUAAUUUAAUUGUAAUGCUGUUAAUUUAUUUUGCAUAUAUUUUCAUUUAUUCAAAAUAAUUUACUACCCCUUUAAAUUUUAAAUUGGUAUAAUAUACUUAGAAUAACCUAAUAAAAAAUUGUAUAGCAAACACAGGAUUCCGUAUACCAACUCGUUAGCUUUCCAGUAUGCCAUAAACUAUAUUUGUUCCAAAAACGUUUUAACGUUUCAUGUCAGACAAACAAUGUUCCAGAACAUUAUUUGAACAUCCAUGAUCUGAAAAUGUUUCUGAACAUUAUUUGGCGGACAUGAAACGUUCUUAAACGUUUUUAAAACGAACAGGAUUUUUUGCCCACUGGGUGGUAUACGGAAUUUUAACUCUGGUGUAAUUUUAAGAAAGUGGUAUACACUGACGACAUUUGUAGUGCUUUAAAUGAAAAAAUGACUUUAACAGACAUAUAAAGGCAAAUUUCUUGAAAAGGAUAAAUGCAAAAUUAUGAUUAAAUUAAAAAAAUAAAAAAUAUUAAUAUGACUAUUCCUAUGAGAAGUCAGAUUUCAAAAAUUCGAAAAGGCGGAUAUAAUAUGGCUGAUGAAAUUUUAAAAAUUGAUUGUAUUCGGUUGAAACUUGUUAUAAGGAAGUUAAGUUACAAAUUGUAUAAAUAAUCAGUCAAUAGUAUUUGCAAUAUUUUAUUUAAAUAAAAGACUAUCUUAAAAAUGAUUAAUAAUAUUUAUCAUUUAUUUAACAUCAUUCUGAAUUUACUGCGGUUACGGAAUGGAGUUUUCUUUGUGUUACUGAAGUCUGCUCAAAUGAAAAUCUCAAUUAUACAGUAUAUUUUCUUUUCUUUUAUCCUAAUUCGCACUGACCUAUAACCGCACCAUUAU